AUGAUUCUUCUGGAGACCCACAACUGCAUCCUGGUCGACCUCAUUCGGCAGAGGUUCGAAGCCUCACAGAACAAGGACAGGAAGGAGUCGGUGGAUAUCACCAUCGCCGACUUUGACGGCGUGAUGUACCACCUGACCAACAAGUCUGAGUCGCGGAACGUCCUGACGGUGUCCAUCUCGUGGAGCGCCAUUCACGACAUCACUCCCCUUGGCAUGGUCGAGCGCAUGAAGGUCAUCUACGGUGCCAUGGUCGUGCCCCCUGAGCCCUCGUACGAUUUCUCCGUUCAGUUCGAUCUUGAGAACCCUUCCCUCAACAUUGAGGAGGUGAUCAAAAAGGUGUCGCUGUUGAAGCGCAACAUUCUUGCGGUGCCGUUCCUCAACGUCGCCGAGGGCAAGACCAAGAACUUGGUGGUCAUCAACUACCGCUCCAACGAGGCCAUGUACAUCAAGCCCGAGGCCGACUCCGUGACCGUGAUCUUUUCCAUCAACUUCAAGGAUCAGGGUGAUAUCGUGCUGGGUAAGGUGUUCCUCCAGGAGUUCCAGGACUGCAGGAGGAGCAUGAGCGGCGCCCCGGCCGUGUCCUUCACUCAGAGGGAGAGGCCUCUUGAGCUCAGGGACGUGCAGGGCGUCUACGAGGGCGCUGACCAGGGCUUCGUAUCUUUCGUGCUGUUCAAGAACCACUUGGACCCGGUGAGGAGGGAGAAGUCCAUAGACAUGAUCCAGAUGUUCCGUGACUACCUGCACUACCACAUCAAGUGCUCGAAGGCUUACAUGCACACCAGGAUGAGGCUGAGAGUCGAAACCCUCCUCCAGGUGCUCAACCGGGCCAAGGUCAAGAACGCCAACCAAGAGGAGAAGAAGACUGCCACUGGCAGGACCUUCAAGCGCGACUAA